CUUUCUCUUCCAGCCGAGACCGCUGCAUGACGGACGAAGAAGUGGGGACUCAGACAUGGAAGCGGCAGGCCCUGGAAACGGGGAGGCAGCCUCUGGUCUCGAGGCUGCGAGAUCCAGCGACGAUCGGCUUUUUCUGGUUAAAGGUGGAAUUUUCCUUGGUACUGUUGCUGCUGCGGGAAUGCUAGCUGGAUUUGUUACAACAUUGUCACUGGCCAAAAAGAAAAGUCCUGAAUGGUUCAAUAAGGGAAGUAUGGCCACGGCUGCCUUACCAGAGAGUGGGUCUUCCCUGGCCUUGCGAGCCUUGGGCUGGGGCUCCCUGUAUGCGUGGUGCGGGGUUGGCGUGAUCAGCUUUGCAGUCUGGAAAGCUUUAGGCGUUCACAGUAUGAAAGAUCUUCGAAGUAAAAUGCAAUCGAUAUUUCCGGCAAUUCCCAGGAACUCCGAGGCAGCUGUCGAGUGGGAGGAAGCACUGAAACCCAAAUGAGAUGUGCGCGGAGGAUUGCAGAGCGAUCACGCAGGAGGGCGGUUCGGACCCCGCGACUGCAGAGGGACUGGGGCUGGUUUUCCUGAGCAUGUGCUCAGAUCGGGAGGGAGCCCACAGGACGGGCAGCCCGCAGCAUCUUCACUGGCUGACAGUCUGUGUGGGGUGUCAGGGGGUGAAGUUUCCCCAACAUUAAGAGGACUAUUUAAAAAUCGUAAUGACAGGGAUAACUUUCCUGCGUGGAGGAGAUCCUGGAGGAAAUGCUCCUAUUUGUGACUAUCCAGUGGAAACAAGUUUUGUACCUGAACAGAAAACCUUAAUGAGGGACCAGCAGGUGGCGUGGUGGUUAAGGCGCUGGACCCUCCCAUGUGGCCAACCACGGUUCGAGUCCUGAACCUGGUAG